AUGGCUGAGGGGGGGGGGGUGACGCCUAACAAGAAGACGCAGAGAGACGGAGAUACCGCUCCGCCCAUACCGCUCCGCCCAUACCGCUCCGUCCAUACCGCUCCUCUCACACCGCUCCGCCCAUACCGCUCCGUCCAUACCACUCCUCUCAUACCGCUCCGUCCAUACCGCUCCGCACAUACCUCUCAGUCUAUACCGCUCCGCCCAUACCGCUCCGUCCAUACCGCUCCCCUCAUACCGCUCCGUCCAUACCGCUCUGCCCAUACCUCUCUGUCUAUAGCGCUCCGUCCAUACCGCUCCCCUCGUACUGCUCCGCUCAUCAACUCCGCCCAUACCUCUCAGUCCAUACCGCGCCGCACAUACCGCUCCGUCCAUACCUCUCAGUCCAUACCGCUCCGUCCAUACCGCUCCGCACAUACCGCUCAGUCUAUACCGCUCCAUCCAUACCUCUCUCGCUCCGUCCAUACCGCUCCCCUCGUACUGCUCCGCUCAUCAACUCCGCCCAUACCUCUCAGUCCAUACCGCUCCGCACAUACCGCUCCGUCCAUACCUCUCAGUCCAUACCGCUCCGUCCAUACCGCUCCGCACAUACCGCUCAGUCCAUACCGCUCUGCACAUACCUCUCAGUCCAUACCGCUCUACACAUACCGCUCCGUCCAUACCGCUCCGCCCAUACGGCUCCGUCCAUACCGCUCCGUCCAUACCUCUCAGUCCAUACCGCUCUGUCCAUACCACUCCGUCCAUACCGCUCUGCCCAUACCUCUCAGUCUAUACCGCUAUGUCCAUACCGCUCUGCCCAUACCUCUCAGUCUAUACCGCUCCGUCCAUACCUCUCAGUCCAUACCGCUCCGCACAUACCGCUCCGUCCAUACCGCUCCGUCCAUACCGCUCCACCCAUACAGCUCCGUCCAUACCGCUCCAUCCAUACCGCUCCGCCCAUACCGCUCCGUCCAUACCUCUCUGCCCAUACCUAUACAGCUCUCUUUUUCUCCAUUCCUCGACUCCCCCUCUGUCUCCCCCGCCCUCCCCUCUCUAUAG